CGAGUCAGUCGCUCGCUGCAGUCGCUCAUCGUGAACAUUGACAGCGCGCGCUCUCUCACUCUCUCUCUCUCGCACACACACACGCUCUCUCGCUCGCUCGCACGCGCUGCCGCCGUCGCUUUCAGUUUAGUUGCACGAGCUGCAGCCGCACUUGCAGCACGCCACACGGCAGGUUCAGCUCAGGUUCAAUAAUAACAAAUCAAAUACAAUCGAAAUCCUUGUGGAACUAACUAAAAAUAGCAACAAAAACUGAGCUACAAAUUUUACACAUAUAUUCACGCACACACACACAUAUAUAUAUAGCGCGUGUGCGGUUGUCUGUGUGUGCGCCAAGUGGAAAACUGUUUAAAAAUAAAACAAACGCCAAACGGCAAAAGCUGCAAAAACUUUUGUCAACUUUGUCGCCGAGCAAAGAAACCUAAAUAAAAAAACAUUAGGCAUAUGCAACAUAACCGUAAACAACUACAACAGCAACAGCAACAACAACAACAACGGCCACUGAGCGUGUUUCCAUUUGAUCUCAGUUAUACAGUGCCAAAGAAGUCUAAGGGAGCAAGUGUAGCUGCGAGUUUGUGCGUGUUUGUGGCAUGCUAGCUACAGUUAUGGCAUCAGAUAUCAAUUGGGAUCCAGCGCUUUCAAGGCUGAUAACGACGUUAAAGGAAUCGGACAAUUUGUCCAAUGAUCAGGAGAUAGACUUUCUGAAGGCCCUGCUGGAAUCGAAGGAGCUGAAUGCGUUGGUCAAUGUGCACACAAAGGUGGCCAAGGUGGGCCGCGAUGAGCGUCUCGCGCCCGUGCUGUCCACCUCGGCCCAGGUGCUGUACGAGGUGCUCGAGCAGCUGUCGCAGCGCUGUCAUCUAAGCGAUGACUGCAAGGAGGCAUUUCACCUGCUGCAGGACUCCCACGUGCAGCACCUGCUCUUUGCACACGAUGCCAUUGCGCAGAAGGACUUCUAUCCGCAUCUGCCGGAGGUGCCCAUCGAAAUGGACGAGGACGAGGAGACCAUCAAGAUUGUGCAGCUCGUCAAGAGCAACGAGCCACUGACAGGAGCACAAAGUGCGGAGCCGAUUGUUGGCGCCACCAUAAAAACGGACGAGGAGACGGGCAAAAUAAUCAUAGCACGAAUCAUGCACGGCGGCGCAGCGGAUCGCUCGGGUCUGAUCCAUGUCGGCGACGAGGUGAUCGAGGUGAACAGCAUCAAUGUGGAGGGCAAGACGCCGGGCGAUGUGCUCACCAUACUGCAAAACUCGGAGGGCACCAUUACCUUUAAGCUGGUGCCCGCGGACACGAAGGGCGCCCAGCGCGAGUCCAAGGUGCGUGUGCGCGCCCAUUUCGACUACAAUCCGGAUGUGGAUCCGUAUAUACCCUGCAAGGAGGCGGGCCUGGCAUUUCAGCGCGGCGAUGUCCUGCACAUUGUCGCCCAGGAUGAUGCCUAUUGGUGGCAGGCGCGCAAGGAUCACGAGCGUUCCGCCCGCGCCGGCCUUAUACCGAGCCGGGCUCUGCAGGAGCGGCGCAUCCUACACGAGCGUACGCAACGCGAAUGCAACGACAUGGACUCCAAGCCCGGUUCAUGCGCCUCGCUCUGCACGACGCCGCCCGGCUCGCCCCGGCUGCAGACGAGCAGCAGCAGCAGCUCGUGCCGCCAGCCAAAAACUAAAAAGAUCAUGUACGAUUUAACAGAGAACGAUGACUUUGACCGGGAACUGAUUGCGACAUACGAGGAGGUCGCCAAGCUAUAUCCGAGGCCCGGCAUCUAUCGUCCCGUCGUGCUGAUCGGAGCGCCCGGCGUCGGACGCAACGAGCUGCGCCGCCGGCUGAUAGCGCGCGAUCCGGACAAGUUUCGCAGUCCGGUGCCAUAUACCACCAGGCCGAUGCGCACGGGCGAGGUGCCCGGCCGUGAAUACAUUUUCGUGGCACGCGACAAAAUGGACGCGGACAUCGAGGCCGGCAAGUUUCUCGAGCACGGCGAGUACAAGGGCCAUUUGUAUGGCACCUCCGCGGAGAGCGUCAAGUCGAUUGUGAACGCGGGCUGCGUCUGUGUGCUGAGUCCGCAUUAUCAGGCCAUCAAGACGCUGCGCACGGCCCAGCUGAAGCCAUUCCUCAUACACAUCAAGCCGCCGGAGCUGGCCGUGCUGAAGGCGACACGAACGGAGGCCAGGGCCAAGUCCACGUUCGAUGAGGCCAAUGCGCGCAGCUUUACGGACGAGGAGUUCGAGGAUAUGGUCAAGUCGGCGGAACGCAUCGAUUUCAUCUAUGGCCACUUUUUCGAUGUCCAGAUCGUUAACGGGGAGCUGGUGAAUGCCUUCGAGCAGCUCGUUCAGCAUGUCCAGCGGCUGGAGAACGAGCCCCUCUGGGCGCCCUCCAUGUGGGUGCAGUAAAUACCACACCCCCUCCCCCUCCCCCUCGCAAUUUGUUGAACCAACACCAAAGUAUUUGCCAUACGAAUUUAGCCAACUAAUUUUCUUGUUGUUCUUGGCCCAGAGACAAGAAACAAAAAAAACUGUACAGUUGAUUGCCAAUGUUGCACGGCAUUUAGUUAGAAAGAGAUAGAGAGAGAAACGCACGCAGAGCGAAAGAGAGAGAGAGAGAUAUACACGUAUAUAUAUAUAUAUAAAUAGAGAGAAAUACUAUUUACCCCUAGGCGGUCCUGCCGGACGCUCCUGUCCAGCGUUAGUCCUUUUCACGACAUGUACCUUUUUUGCGUAAAAGUGAAAACAAUGAAAAGAAUACAAUAAAAAUCAAAUACGAAAAGAAAA